AUGCUCAGUGUGCCUCACACUUACAUACUUGAAACGGAUGAAGGAAUGCCCGCGUACACACCAAGGGGAAUACGUGUGUCAGCUUUACGCGCCCCACCCAACGACAGAGUUAACGAUGUCGCUUGGCCAUAUACACGACGCUUAGUGAAAACAAAAAAGCUAUUUAAAAAGAUAUUCAGUGCGGAGCGCAUGGAACGACUAGAUCGCAUGAUUGAGGCUUCCAAUGCUACAAUGUACUCAAAAUUAGCGAACUGUGUUCUUGAUUUGAAAAAACAGGAUAACAAAGAUAUAAAGAAGAAACGUGGAUGGUCAGAGUCCGAGUGGAAGAAACAUAUGGAUUACAUUGGACAGAUAGCUGGUCCAAAACGUGAUUUCAAACCGGACCCGAUUAAACGAGGUCCAUGCAAGCCUCUUGAAGGUCUCACACCAAGACUUAGAGUACUCGCCAUGCGUCCAGAAUUCAAAUGUUAUAGACGAUUAUCGAAAGAGGAGUGGUACAGGAAUCCAGAAAAGGUCUCCCCGCAAGCUUUGAAAUACGUGAUAACUGACAGAACCAAGAAGCUAGCCGUUGCGAGAGUUAUACCGGCAUCCUACUAA